UCCGGCGGCGCGCGAGGUCACACGGUGUCUUGGCCGGGUCGUCCUUCCCUCUGCACGUGUCCGCCCCGCGAUGCUCACUCUGCUACGCUGUGUGCCCCGCGCCCUGGGCGCCGCCGCCACGGGCCUCCGAGCCGCCAUCCCGGCUCCACCGCUUCGGCAUGUACUGCAGCCCGCGCCCCGGCCAUGCCUCCGGCCCUUCGGUUUGCUCAGCGUACGAGCCGGCUCCGCUCGGCGCUCUGGCCUCCUGCAGCCCCCAGUUCCUUGCGCGUGCGGCUGUGGCGCUCUGCACACGGAAGGAGACAAGGCCUUUGUAGAAUUCUUGACUGAUGAAAUUAAGGAAGAAAAGAAGAUACAGAAGCAUAAGUCCCUUCCCAAGAUGUCUGGAGAUUGGGAGCUGGAAGUGAACGGCACAGAGGCUAAAUUAUUGCGCAAAGUUGCUGGAGAAAAGAUCACUGUCACUUUCAACAUUAACAACAGCAUCCCUCCAACAUUUGAUGGUGAGGAGGAGCCUUCACAAGGGCAGAAGGCUGAAGAACAGGAGCCGGAACUGACAUCAACUCCUAAUUUUGUGGUUGAAGUUACAAAGAUUGAUGGCAAGAAGACCCUUGUGCUGGACUGUCAUUAUCCUGAGGAUGAGAUCGGACACGAAGAUGAGGCCGAGAGUGAUAUUUUCUCUAUCAAGGAAGUUAGCUUUCAGGCCACUGGUGACUCUGAGUGGAGGGAUACAAACUACACACUCAACACAGAUUCCCUGGACUGGGCCUUGUAUGACCACCUAAUGGAUUUCCUUGCGGACCGAGGGGUGGAUAACACUUUUGCCGAUGAGUUGGUGGAACUCAGUACAGCCCUAGAGCACCAGGAAUAUAUCACCUUUCUUGAGGACCUCAAAAGUUUUGUCAAGAACCAGUAGAAAUGUCAGAGACUGAAGGCCUUAAUUAAAUGGCAAGCUUUGGCCAGUGAACAAAAGCUACCUUAGCAUCAGAAUUAUGCUUUGAAAUGGCUCUCAUCCUAAUAUCAUAUGGGGGGAAAAAAGCAAGCUUAAAUUAUCGCUGUUACACCUCCAUUUACUAUUCCUUUGGGCUUUUUUUCCUGUACAAAUUUAUUAUUUGCAGAUUUUUGUAUAACAUGAUGAUGGACAAUAAAUCUGACUUUAUCUCCUCCA